UCAUCCAACAACAAAUACUUUAUUAGACAAUUACGAACUUUACAAAAAGAGACCUAUGAAAAAUAUAUUCAAAUUGCUAUUGGUAAUGAUACAAGAUGGAAUAAUCAUUAUGAAUAUUUUCGUACUUUAAUUAAAUCAAAAGGAGCAUUACAGACUUUAGGUUCAAAAUUUGAAUCACCUUAUAAUACAUCUUCUUAUUGUCAUUCAAAUAAACCACUCUAUCUUCCUGUUGAUAUAGCUUCUAUUUUACUUGAUGAAACCUGGUGGCAAUUACUUUCAAAACUCAAAAAA